AUUUCCAAAAUAUAUUAUGGAAUGACCAUUCUGAGGAAUCAAGCACACCUGUGAAAUCUGAACACUCUUGUUCAUCAUACAGUAGCUGUAAAAGUUCUAGGAGCAAAACAGUCUUGUUAAGGCACACACACUAUGUAAACCUUAAAGAAGGUGUUAUCAACCUUGAUUUGAGGUACUGCUUUUCAAUGUCCAGUAGUCUGGAAAAUCACUAGAGGAAUCAGCUGGCAGGGGGGGAAUUACCACAGUAAAGCCACCUCCCUCACACACCCACACUCUGACAUAUUAUGGUUCUAGAAAGGUGGGGUGUAUGGACAUUACUACAUUUGAUGUGCUAGGCAUUUUGUAUAUUGUCCCCAUCAAGAACAUGAAGGAAAAACAGAUCUCAAGGUCCCACGCCCAGCCUGAUGUAGACCAAGUUCAUGUAGCUUCCAGCCUAAUGGUUCUUCUCACUACUCAGGGUCCUCAAAUAUUUUAUGCUGAGGAUCCUGUUCCUCAAGUGAUUUCUUGCCCAGUAAGGCUAGAGGGACAGCCGAUAAAGAAACUCACCUUGACUGUGGCCAAUGGCUUCCCACCACAGAGCCCCUUGAUACUUUGAAAAUAACACCUAUUUAUAUAUAACACAUUAACUGUAACCUUAAACAGAACCAAAAAGUAGGGAUUUCAGGAAAAAGGGGCUAAUGUAACCAUUAAAUCAAACAUUCCAAACAAUUUGUUGGCCGCAGUGAGCUUCAUAAACAUUCCCUCCCACCCAGGACCCACUGAAAAUCACACAGAGGGAGGAGCCCUGUCCACCCCCCCAUCACAGCACAGGACCUAAUUCUCUGUUCCUCACUAUUGAGAUUCUCCGAAAAAAGUAAAGGGACUGUGUCCUCAGAGGCAGUUCCCCUGUGCAAGCAACUUCACUGCAUCUUGGAAGAAAGCAACCUUUCCCAUUCUGCAGAGGAAGAAGGACACAUUCCCAAGACAAUAUCUGUACUCCUUUUUUACUUUUGAGGGUUUCCGAAAAUAAUUUUAACUCGCCUACCAUGAAUCACUAGCCCCCUAUUAACCCCAGGGCCAACCACCUUAGUUUGGGGAGCACAUCAGUUGACCUCAAACCAUUGCUUGGCUCAGAGGUAGCAUCCUAAGAGGACACAGUCCUGGUUGGGCUCAGGGUACAGCCCCAUGAAGUACAGAUUUGACACAGCGCCAUCAGGAAAACUUCUGGCGCUCUGGCCCCUCCUUUCAUGGAGGGUUGGGGGUGGGACCUCAGCUCUAGGAGCCACAGCGCUGGAUCCAAGAACACAGUUCUACUGGCAUCUCUGACUGUGGCCAGGCCUCCGCACCACUAGCCCUCCGUGUGGCCCACAGCACCAUCGGCUCCACACACGGUGCCUCCCUAGCAAUCCACACAGUCAUGUCGUCACACAUCCGCGUAGCGCUGGUGACCGGGGCCAACAAAGGCAUCGGCUUGGCCAUCGUGCGUGACCUGUGCCGGCGGUUCUCCGGGGACGUGGUGCUCACAGCACGGGACGAGGCGCGGGGACUGGCGGCCGUGCAGCAGCUCCAGGGCGAGGGCCUGAGUCCGCGCUUCCACCUGCUGGACAUUGAUGACCUGCAGAGCAUCGGCGCCCUGCGUGACUUCCUGCGCAAGGAGUACGGGGGCCUGGACGUGCUGGUCAACAACGCGGGCAUUGCCCUUGCUAGUGGUGACUCCACCCCCUUACAUAUUCAAGCACAAGUGACACUGAAAACAAACUUCUUUGGUACUCGAGACGUGUGCACAGAACUGCUGCCUCUAAUGAAACCACAAGGCAGAGUGGUCAAUGUGUCUAGCAUAAUGAGCUUAGUAGCUCUUAAGAACUGCAGCCCAGGAAUGCAGCAGAAGUUCAGAAGUGAGACUAUCACAGAGGAGGAGCUGGUGGGACUCAUGAACAAGUUUGUGGAAGACACAAAGAACGGGGUACACACAAAGGAGGGCUGGCCUGUUAUGAGGGCAUUCACAUAUGGAGUGUCAAAGAUGGGUGUCACGGUCCUGUCCAGAAUCCAUGCCAGGAAACUGAGUGAGCAGAGGAAGGGAGACAGGAUCCUCCUGAAUGCCUGCUGCCCUGGGUGGGUAAAAACAGACAUGGGUGGACCUACAGCCAUUAAAAGCCCAGAAGAAGGAGCAGAGACUCCUGUCUACUUGGCCCUUUUGCCCUCGAAUGCUAAGGGACCUCACGGGGAGUUUGUAAUGGAGAAGAAAGUUGAACAAUGGAGACCCCCCUCUCAGUUCCCUCCAUGGGUCCCAUUAUGAUACUUCCAUGAUUUGACCAUGAGAUUACACUAUCAGCAAUGUCCUUGUCAAAGAAAAGAAAGAAAGAACCUUUAUUUGUAUCAAGUACUCACCUUGAAUUAGCUACUAUUUCUGUGAAGUCUUCUGUGAUAUAUGAGAAGGAAAAGUGGACUUAAUGACAAUAGUGAAUGAACAUCAUAGAUGAAUAAAGAGUUAUAAGUAAA